AGCACACGGAGCGCAUCCAGGAUGGCAGGGAUUACUCUGAUCCUCUUGUUUCUCAUGGUCCCUCUUUUCAACACAGAGGAGCAUGCUGGUAAUGAGCUGUACACUCUCAUCGAAAAGGGCCAGAGCAGCUUUGUGGAUCCAAGUCAGAGCAACCAGAGCAGGCUGGUGCUCAAGGAGCCGUCGCUGCCCAUCAACGAACUCCUGGAGAAAAGCACCAAGACCAGCGAGUCCAAAUUCACGCUCCACCCUCUACCUGCUGCCGUGUGGCCCAAGCACAGCGACCUGGCCCCCAUCCCUCGCCAGCACAUCCCCCACAACAAGAGCAAGAAGGGCCCCAAGAGCGACCGGCUGGUGGAGCACAACAGUGAGAAGUCCAGGGAAGUCGUGGGUCUGCUUCCUAAAACCCAGCUGACUGGGGUCGUCGGCGCCGCUGCCGCCGCCGCCGCCACCAACCGCACAGCGGUGAGGACCGGCCAGGAGAGCCAGUCCAACAUCAGCCCCCCUCAGCAGACCGAGCCUGAGGACAGACACCCCAACGCCAGGCCGAGGACCCCAUCCCACACCCAGGUUCAAACUCAGGCUCAUCAAACGCCCACCUCUCCACGCAGAGAGCCCCCCACCCGCCGGCUGGACCCGGAGGAGAACCGUCCCGGGAAGGCCGGCCUCUACCAGUCCGGCAUCGGCGCGGCCACCAGGAACAACAGCCGCCCGCCGGUCAGCUUCAACCGGCGCUCCUCCAGCCUACUGUACCAGUUUGACAUCCUGAGGCGAGAGUCCGACCUGACCCACGAUGCCUUCUGCCUGAGCGAGUGCAGGAAGGAGAAGGAGGAGAGAGAGCAUUACUGCUACAGCGAGUUCGCCGUCAAUGGGAUUGUCCACGACAUCGAUGUGGUUCGUAAAGGCAUCCGCCUCAUCACGCUGAUGGUCAGCAGCGACGGCUUCUACAAGAUGAGCCGUCUGUACGUCACCCCGGACAGCUUCUUCUUCAGAGUUCGACUCCUGGUCCUGGAUACCUACAAGUGCAGCAAGCCCUGCCCCGACAUCAAACUGGGCACCAGAUACAUCGUGAUGGGUCAGAUCUACCACCGGAGGCGUCACCUCCCCAGUGACCUCCUGAGCCUGCUGGGCGGGAAGCUGAAGCCCGGGGACGGCCUCCUGCGGAGCAACAGCUACGUUAAGAGGUUCAACAAGCGGAGACACCAGAAGGCCGUGGAGGCCACCCGCUCCCGGUGCAGGUGAAGCACAGGCCAGAGCCGGGACUGUCGUUGCCCCUGGCUGCGGGGGAAGAGACUUUGCAGCCGAUGUGAAAUGAUCCCGACCAGACCCUCAGUGUUGAACCAGGCAGAAGAGGAGCGGAGCGAAGCCACGGAUUUACUUUCUAAUGGACUGCUGAGAUGUAUCGCAAUCCUGGCUCACCGAUUUUUAUUUGUUUUCAAAAUCACAAACUCACAGUUUGAUUGAUGAACAACACAAUCAAUUUGAAUUUAUUUGGACUUUUUUUUAAACUAUUUUAAUACUGUGUGUUGGAGUUUUGCAGGAAUGAGUCUUAAAAGUUGAGCAAUUUUCUCAAUUGACUUCAAGUCGAUGUUUUUAGAAAAAUAAGUUUCAACAAUUCCCAUUUAACAAAGGAUCAGCUGAUCUUCAAGUUUAGUUCCACUUCUAUUUUAAAACUUUUUUAUCUACUUGACCAAAACCUUUUGAGCCCAUUUGGAUGGAUGGAGCUUUUGAGAAACAUUUGGAUGAACAAGACUGUGCAGGUCACUGAAAACACCAAACACAUGAUCCACAGCACUGGGAAUUCCCACUGGGAAACUGGGAAGUUUACAAGAACUCCGAAAAGUUAAUGAGAUGUCACAUGCCAGAUGUGGCUCCUCACCUCCUCCGUUUGAUUUAAAGAAAAAUCUUUUUAAUUUUUCUUUUAGUUGCAUCCAUGACCAUGUCUCAAAGGGACUCCUUCACCACAGUUGAAUAUUCCAAAAACGAGAUUUAAAUUAAAGAAUGGUUUCAUUCCUUCAUCACUCUUCUCACAACAGCAGCGAUACUCAAACUCUUCAUUCAUUCAUAGAUGACUUCUAAACUUAAAAAUCGAAAAGGUAUCAAAGUGAGUCAAUGUUCAGUGUUCAGAUUUUACGUGUUUUCCUCUUUUAAACAAAGGUAGCUGGCAGGUUGGGGACAUUUCUUUCUUUUUCUAUGUGUACAUAUUUAAUAAGACUGUAUUUAUCGUUAGUUCAUUGUGAAAUGAAAUCUCUUUUUGUCUUCAAACAUCCAACAACAAUGCGUUAUUGAAUAAUCUUUGGCUUUGGUAAUCCGAUUUCUGUAUGUGACAUAUAGAAAUGGUUCCCAACCUGGGGUCUGGGCCCCUACGGGAGGGGGGCACCAGUGCAGGUGGGGAACCUGAGGAUUUGCUUGCUCAGACUGGUAUCUUCCUGUUGCUUUCUAUUUUUUAUGAAGGCUCCUGCUUUUCUACAGCGACAGUGGAUGUGUUUAGCGUUUUAAGAUUGUAGAGGUGGUCCACUGCCUUUCUCCAAGGCAAUCUAAAAAAAAAAAGGAAACCACUGAUAUUGAGGAACAAGGUUUUUGUCCCACAGAAAAAAAAAAAAAAAAAACAAGAACAUCUAGUUAUCACUGAGCAGAAAUAAUUGAAAUUUUAAUUCUGACUUUGAUUGAUCAUUUUAAUAUAACAUGAAUGGCAAAUAUUUCACAGCAGUGAACGCGAGUGUGUGUUUUCCAGGCCUGAUGUCAGUGCGAGUGAUAUUACUGAGCAGGAAAUGGUCUGUUAAACGGGGAUUUAAGAGCAUGAACAAGCUCAAAUGAACCCAAAGGAGCAGGAAAGCGAUGUGGGAGGAAAAGAGAGUGAGUGUGUCUUCAGAGCAGCUUAUUAACUCUAAACAUGUGUCCGUGAUAAAGCGUGGACUGGGACACACUGGCUGAAUGAGGACAGGGGCGUGGUUCUGUUGGGAGCAUAAAUCAAAUGUCAGGAAUCUGAACCUCUGCACACCUGGACACAAGCCUCAAAGAAAGGCCUCCGCCACAGCUCAGAGCUUUUUUUUCUCUCUCUCGCUCUCUCUGCUUACAUACAAACACAAAGCCCUCCUGGAGAAGCUCAGAACGGGUAUUUAAAGUAUGUAGGCAAGCUCAGAGGAAAGGGAAGCAGAGGCAGAAGCAAGGUGGGGGAUGGAUGAAAAUAAAGAUUGUAAAAAAAAAAAAAGAUGACACAGGAAGAGGAUUGUUGGGAUUGUCUGUCCAAAGGGAGAAAAUGUUAUUUAAUCAAACAGCUGUGUCUUUCCAUGGUAGUUCGACCCUGAGCUCACGCUUCUUAUGAAAGGGAACAGAUUUUGCACUGAAUGCUUGUGAUGCUUUACCAAACAUGAACUCAA